CGCCGGCGGCUGUGCGAGAGACAGAACUUGCCAAACUGGCUGGGAUCACAGCCCACCUACUCAGGCACCCAUCUUAUCACAGCCCAGGAAAGCCCCAGAGCCUGAGUGCAGCCAGCUGUGGAGUAACCUGCCCGUGCAGGAGAUAACCCUCUGCUCACAUUACUUACUGCUUUGCUUAUGCCUGGCUAGAGGAAAAUUUGUCUUCAGUGUGCUUUCACUCUGUUAAUGGAAUUGCAGAUGUUCUUAUUAUGGAGAUCUACUUCCAAUAUUUUAUUGAAUUACUCCCACAUUGCUCUGUGGCAAUAUGUCCCACAGGCUCAAUGCACAUGGUAUGCUGUGGAAUUUCAUUUCCUCCAUUUUAAUUUGUUGUUUUUUAAUUUCAGUUCAUUUUCAAUAUGGAAAAGAGGUAAAUGGGGUCCUUUUUUUUGGUUUAGGCAUCAUUGUUUUACAUGUUUCUUUUUCCCUUCUCAUCUCUGCUGUUUCUCUUGCCUUUGCCUCAAACCAUACCAUGAUUUUCCUACUGCUACCUGCCUCAUGCGUAAUUGCUAAAUCUUAUUACGUCUCUGUGGGCUUCUGUUUUUUGUUGUCUCGAGCAAAUUUAAUCAGAAUUGGUCAUUCUGCCUUGCCCACGCUGUGAAAUUCUGCUCGAGAUUUUUUCUGUGUUCUUGGCUUUUCCUUUGUUUAUAAGCAGAACAUUUGCUUUGAUUGCUUGAAAUUGUGGUAAGCAAAGACCUUUUCUGAGCUGUCUCUAGUCAUGGUAGAUAUUUUGCUGGCAUGUUUAAUUAAUGGUACCAUCAUCUCUGUACAUGGGAAGUUAAAUUUUAUCUUGCAGAGCUGUACCAGUAAAUAGGAAUCCCAGUGCAACAUGGUUGGAGCUGCCUGGAAAUCCUCCCUAGAGUCUCCAGGCUUGGUGCUGUGUUUCAGAGAUGUAGAUGGCAGCUGCUGCCUUUGAAGGACUCGUCUGACCCUGUGCAGCACCUCCAGUUGCUACCAUGAUCUUCUGCAUGCUGCUGCUGGCCUCCCUGCCUGAGCCCUCUGGCACCGAAGUCAACCCUGCAAUCUGUCGUUACCCUCUGGGCAUGCACGAGGGGACCAUCCGGGAUGAGGACAUCACUGCUUCCAGCCAGUGGUACGACUCCACAGGGCCCCAAUAUGCACGGUUACAGAGGGAAGAGGGGGAUGGAGCCUGGUGCCCAGCUGGUUUGCUGGAGCCCGAAGAUGUGCAGUUCCUGCAGAUUGACCUGCACAAGCUGUUCUUCAUCACCCUGGUGGGCACCCAGGGCCGGCACGCCCGCGCCACGGGCAAGGAGUUCGCCCGCGCGUACCGCAUCGACUACAGCCGCAACGGGGAGCGCUGGAUCUCCUGGAGGAGCCGCCAGGGAGGCAGGGUGAUCGAUGGCAACACGGACACCUACGACGUGGUGCUGAAGGACCUGCGGCCGCCCAUCAUCGCGCGCUUCGUGCGCCUCAUCCCCGUCACCAAGGCGCCCAUGACCGUGUGCAUGAGGGUGGAGCUCUACGGCUGCGUCUGGCACGAUGGUUUGGCAUCCUACAGCAUCCCUGAAGGAGGGACAAUAGCAGCUCCCGGGUUCCCCAUAGUUUAUCUGAAUGACUCGACCUAUGAUGGCUAUCAGGAACGCAGGCACCUGUAUGGAGGGCUGGGCCAGCUCACAGAUGGAGUGCUGGGGCUGGAUGACUUCACCCAGAGCCACCAGUACCGCGUGUGGCCAGGCUACGACUACGUGGGCUGGAGGAACGAGAGCUUCAGCACGGGCGCGGUGGAAAUGGAGUUCCAGUUUGACCGCCCACGGAACUUCACCUCCAUGAAGGUGCACUGUAACAACAUGUUUUCCAAGGGGGUGAAGAUUUUCCAGAGGGUGGAGUGUCUGUUCAAGCCUCGGCUGAUCGCAGACUGGGAGCCCGAGCCUGUGGGGGUGGCCACAGUGCUGGAUGACAAAAACCCCAGUGCCAGGUUCGUGACCGUGCCCCUGCAGCAGCGCGUGGGCAAGGCCAUCCUGUGCCGCUUCUACUUCGCUGACACCUGGAUGAUGAUGAGCGAGAUCUCCUUCCAGUCAGACAUGGAGAGUGUGAAUCCCAGUUUUGUUACGGCAGCCACAAGCACCACGGAGCUCCUGGAAACGGAGCACAACGUUACUGAGGGCACCUGGGGAACCACAUCUUCUGUAACCAGCACCUGGAUAGGGGAGAAGGCAGACGACUCCAACACCUCCAUCCUCGUGGGCUGCCUUGUGGCUAUUAUUCUGCUGCUCCUGAUGAUUAUAAUCAUCAUUCUUUGGAAGCAAUAUGUUCAAAAAAGGCUGGAAAAGGCCCCACGUCGAAUCCUGGAGGAGGAUGCCACUGUUCGCCUCUCCUUCUACAGCUACACCAUUGCCAACAACCAGACCCAGAUCCACCAGUCAAAUCCCACCUAUGAACGUGCCUUCCCACUGGAUUUGGAAUAUCACCAGCCAGCUACACUGCUCCAAAAGCUUCCAGAGCUCUCACAAAGUGCAGAGGAUUCAGUGUGCAGUGGGGACUACGCUGAGCCCGACCUGACCAAGUCCACCCCUCACCAAGGCUUCCAGAACAACGUCCCCCACUACGCCGAGACCGACAUCGUGCACCUGCAGGGCGUGACAGGCAACAACAUGUACGCCGUGCCAGCCCUGACCGUGGACUCCCUCACCAAGAAGGACAUCUCCGUCGGGGAGUUCCCCCGGCAGCAGCUGCGCCUCAAGGAGAAGCUGGGAGAAGGACAGUUUGGAGAGGUGCACCUCUGUGAAGCUGAUGGCCUGCUGGAAUUCCUGGGAGUCUCAUCCUCAGAAUUCACUCACCAGCCAGUUCUUGUGGCAGUGAAAAUGCUGAGAUCAGAUGUCAACAAAACAGCCAGGAAUGAUUUCCUGAAGGAGAUCAAGAUCAUGUCCAGGCUGAAGAACCCGAACAUCAUCCGGCUGCUGGGCGUGUGCGUGCGGGACGACCCCCUGUGCAUGAUCACAGAGUACAUGGAGAACGGGGACCUCAACCAGUUCCUGUCCCACAGGGAGAUCUACAGCAAAUUUGCCAUUUCAAACAACAUCCCCUGUGUCACCCACUCCAACCUGCUGUACAUGGCCACCCAGAUUGCCUCGGGGAUGAAGUACUUGGCAUCCCUGAACUUCGUGCACAGGGACCUGGCAACUCGCAACUGCCUGGUGGGCAACAACUACACCAUCAAGAUUGCAGACUUUGGCAUGAGCAGGAACCUUUACAGUGGGGAUUACUACAGGAUCCAGGGCAGAGCUGUGCUGCCCAUCCGUUGGAUGGCCUGGGAGAGCAUCCUGCUGGGCAAGUUCACCACAGCCAGCGACGUGUGGGCCUUUGGGGUGACCCUGUGGGAGAUGUUUGUGCUGUGCAAGGAGCAGCCCUACAGCCUCCUCACGGACGAGCAGGUCAUCGAGAACACGGGCGAGUUCUUCCGCAGCCAGGGCAGGCAGAUCUAUCUGUCCCAGACUCCUCUGUGUCCUAACCCUGUGUUCGACCUGAUGCUGAAAUGCUGGAGCAGGGAUAUCAAAGAUCGUCCCACUUUUGACAUGAUCCACCAGUUCCUGCUAGAACAAAUGGAAGCAAACAUUUGACUCCAGGAAAGAGGCAAGCUGUCGAGAACAGAGUGACUUUGGGGUCUCUUUGCCUGUCCCUCACAGUCAGGCUCCCCUCCCCAUUUCAGUUGGGACGUCCAUGGCAGCUGCUCAUUCUCUUGGCCAUGGUCUGACACACAGGACCAGAGGAUCUCAUUUGGUUGAAAAAUCAUCUCCUCUUCUGAAUCAUUUCCUGGGAAUACUGUGAGAGGGGUGUUAUUGGAUACCCACACACCUUUGGGCAGAUGUAAUGAGUAGAACUUGGAGGGACUUGGAGCUCUCUCCUGGCUGGAAGAGAAGGCGCGGUCGGUGAGAGCGCUGCCACUCGAGAGCAGGUUUCUGGAAGGAAAGGCUGCAGCCUUCCAGAGCUCUUCCAUGGAAUCUGGUGGAAGUCUUGUGCACAUGAGCAAGUGUUUCUGUGUGCUCUUGCUUCAGACAAUGGUGAGAGGCCAGAAACAUCUGGAGCUGGGAAAUGGUUUAAUGGACUUGGGAACUGACGGAGCAUUGAGGAACCCGUUGGGAGUGACACUGCCAGGGUCCACAGAAGAUGCUGAAACAAGAGUCCAAGAUGAUGUUCUGUUUUCCUGUGGUUGUUAAGCACUGCUUUGGUUAUAUAUGUGCGUUUUCCCCACACUGGAUUUUUUUUGUUGUUUUGUUUUCUAGAAAAAAAUGAUUUUAAAAUGAAUGUUAAAGGUUAUUGGGAGGUCACUGUGUUAGAAGGUCUUCCUCUGACCUACAAAUUAAGGUUAGGGUAGGGAGUUUGUAUUGAGAAGUAGCUGAUACUGUACUACUGUCACUAUGUAGAGCUAUUAACCUAAUGAACUUGUAGCCACAAUGGACUGAUGUGCAAUUAAUCCUGUAUAAUUACCCAUCAAUAUGAGAUCUCUAAAUCAAUGCUGUUACGUGUGAGAGGGAACUUAGAUUUGGUGGAACUGGAUGGCUGAGAGCAGAACCCUCUUUGUCACUUGUCACAGCCCCCAGGAGAGGGACGGGAGGAGCACACAGGUCACAGGUGUGUGUCUGGGCAGAGGUUCCUCUCCAGGUGUGCAGCAGGGUGGGGCCAUGGGCAGGCAGGGGCAGCUCGGGCCAGGCUGUGUCACUGCCCUGUCACAGUGGCCUGUCCUUUACCUUGGUUACUCAUCGAACUUGGGGUUGCCUUUUGUGUGUCCUGUCACAAACAGCUCAUUCUCUGGAGGGUUCUAGAGGGCUCUGAAAUCCAUUUGGAGCCAGUUGGAGAAUUUAGUGUGUGUUUCUACAAUAAAUCCGUUGUGGAUUUACCAGGUGCCUGGGGAAUACUCUGCUAUUCCCUCUCUAAUCAUUUAGCAAGAUACUUAGGACCAAACCAAAUAUUUCAUAAGCUGGGACAAGAUGAAAGCUCAGCACUUGGAGGUUUUUAUUUUUUUUUUUUAAGUAGAAUCCAUCAUAAAAUGUAUUUCCAGUAAAGAUUAUAGAUAAUUUUCAUCUUAGCCACAAGCAUAGAUGACAGGCAGGCUGGCUGUGAGAGGGGAAUGUCUGAGUGGUUUCAACACAGGCAUAAUUGUGCUAAAAGAAAAAACCCAGCUUCUGAAUGGGCAGAUGCCAGGCUGGAGUGUGGCAUGGCUGUGUCUGCUCCUUGGGAAGGCUCCAGCUGUGCCUGGCCUGUCCUGCUGGGGGUGUGUCCCCACUCCAGCUGCUCCUCUGAGCCCCUUUAGGGCUGAGGAGCCAGAGGGCCCAAGUGCUCUCAUCUCCCUGCAGGGAUUCCUGGAAUCUCACCCCCUGUAAGGUUUUCUUUUUCCCCCUGUGACUGGAGGGGUUGGGGUGAGCUGCCCUUCCCUGCUGGAGUCAGAGCCAGCAGAUCCCUACUGCAGCCUGCUGGGUGCUGCUGUCUGGCAAACCACUCAGACAAGGAAUUUCUGGGAUUCCUGCCCCAGGAAAUGUCCCCAGUGCCCCCCAGCCAUGUGUGUGGUCUCCUGGGCUCUGGAGCUGGGAGCUCCCAGGGCAGGGAGAGUCCCUGGAUGGGCUCUGUGCUUCUGUGACAUCUGGACAUGCUGUUCCUCCAUUGACAUGGUGACAUACAAAGUUUGUCUCAUAUCAAUAAAUUCUAAUGAUAACCUUGACAAAA